GACACGUUCAACGUCGCAUUAAUCAACAAUUCUAAAAUAAAUUGGGGUUCCAUAUUUCUAAUCUCAUUGAAAGCCACGGAAUCGUGAAAAUAGAACGUUCUCACAAAACAUAUUCGAUUUAAAAAAAGCAGCACCUAAUAACAGGAUCAUUUUUUGUGAUUAUUUUGAGGAGCCAAGCACAAAGCCAUCAAGAAAAAAGCCAACAGUCAAAAUGAAUAGAUACUCACUAAGAAAACGGAAGCGGGUCGCAUAUGGUGGUGCUGACCAGAAGAAGAAUGCAAAGCAACCAAAACCAUCACCAAUCGUCGAACAAAAUACAUCCACAACGAGCCUCACGGACGUAAAUAAUGAUUGCCUUGAGCGCAUAUUCCUGCACUUAAGCGUGGAAGACCUCUUAAGCCUUGCUCAUUCGAACAAGCGAUUGAAGGAAGCGGCUGAAUUGGCAUUUGAUCGCAAUUUUGGCGGAAAAAAAUCGAAGGUAUUCGUCGACUCAUCCUGCUUCCGAAUUGAAUUAAUUGGAAAAUCACCACGACGAAUCGAAUUACGUAAUCCAUAUCGACUAUUGCGAAGUUUUGGUCAUCUCAUCGCAAAACUGGUCAUACAUACGCGAAAGGUGGUUCCGUAUGUCAAUCAAUAUUGCUGUGAAUCAGCAACUGAAGUUACAUUUUUCAAAAUGUCCAAAGACGACUUCACCGGUAUGCAGAAGCCAUUUGUGAACGUCGAAAUGGUUUGCAUCAUUUUUUGCAUUUUGAACAGCAAAACGAUGCAGUUAAACACCCGUUUCCCGAAGAUGCGUACUCUGAAACUUAUUCGAGUCGAAGCACAGGCCAAGUGUAUCAAAGCAAAUUUCGCUUACUUGGAGCACUUGGAAAUCAAAGGUGCGCUACCAACUUCGAGAACUCAAGACACGGUUAAUAUGCUUCGAUUGAAUCCACAGUUGCAGCAAUUAGUAUUGGACACCAAUUACACCACAACAUUUCUCCGGGCUGCAAGUCAAGACCUCCAAAUGCUUGAGCAUCUUGACAUUCGUAUUUGUCGCAAAGAUUUCAGCGAUUAUGGUGACGAUGUUGCCAAUUUUGCACAAUUGAAAGUGCUGAAAAUCGACUAUGAAGGCAGAUCGCCAACUAAGGUCCCAAUGUUUUCCAGCUGCUUGAAAGAAUUUGAAUGGACAUUUUUUGGCACUCAAAUGGAUAAAGCUUUCAUCGAUUUUCUAAAGGAGCACCCGUCCAUUGUUAAACUGAAGGUGAUCUGUUGGUACCCAGGGAUACCGAAAUUGAAUGAGGAAAGUGUCAAGAAGAUUAUGGAGGCGGUGCCGUUGGUGGAAGAGAUUACAUUUCAAAAAUUGGAACUAUCAAUUGCGAGCGCGACUCAAUUGAUGAACGAUUGCAAAUCCUUGAAGAAGAUGUACUUCGCAAUGGAUGCCGAAGCCAAUUUUAAUGAGCUGAAGACGAAUCUGAGCGAUGGAUGGCAAGCGUUCAGUGAAAAUCCAGAUGAAUUCUAUUGGUACAACGUAACAGCUGUCAAAAUGAGCAAUUGAUAUCAACAAUCAAUCAAAUCCGGUUUUUUCAAUUAUGACAUGGCAUAGAAAUACUGCCGAAAAUACUACUUCAUACCAUUACUUAUUACGUUAUUUCUAUUUAAAUAUCAUUUUUCAAUCGUCAAUUUUAAUAGAUCCAUAUAAAACUAAAG